AUGCCAGUGGCGACAACCAAUACGCAAGGAACCGAUACGCAAGGUAGCACCACUGAAAACAAGAGCAAAGUGGGUAUCUCGAUAGCCAUUGUCGGAGCAAUGGUCGUAAUUAUUAUAGUCGUUGUUAGGUACAUGAAUCGAGUACGACCUAUUGUCACCGCCCCUGCUUCUGUAUCAAACCAUCGAAGGCGCGAAGAAGAGAGCAUUCAAAAAGAAAUUCGAACGUCCCUCCUAGACUCAUUACCAGUCAUGAGAUAUAACACGGGGCUGCUACCGAAACAGCAAAGACAUGGCCAUGCGAAUGAGUCUGCCUGGAAUACCUAUUCGCCGCGAAGACAGCUCCAACCAGCGAUAAAAGGAGAGAAGAAGCGGACUAUACAGACUGAAGCAGCAGUAAUGGGUAGCACGAACGAGUGCAAAUCAAAAGGCAGCGCGUUGCAGACCGGAGGUCAAUCUGGGUCGUCCAUUGAUCCUGCCACCUGCUCUAUUUGCAUAGAGAGUUUCGCUGAGAACGAGAACCGCUUCCUAGACCAGCUCGACUUCUUCGUUAAGGCGUAA